AUGGCUGAGAGUCAGCAGAGCCAGGAGGCCAGCGCAGGGGGCACUCACUGCCCUAAAGUCAACUCUGUUGGUUUUAAGGAUGACCAUGUUGAGACUGCACAAGAAAUACCACGGAGUGAAACUCAUUCUCCCACAUACAUCACAGACAGGAUCUUUUUCAUUGAUUUAGCCAAUAAGCAACUGCAAACCAUCUCACCAGGGGUCUUGAGCCUAGAAUAUCUGGAAGAGCUGCACAUGGAAAAGAACCUGAUUGUAAGCAUCCCCAGGGACAUCAAUCGCCUGAAACACCUGAAGGUCCUGUACCUGGAUCAGAAUCACAUUCAGGACAUAUGUGAAGAACUGGGAGAAUUGAAAUGUCUUCGGAGCUUAGAUUUAAGUAACAAUCCUCUCUCUUGCAGUUCGCUGCCAGUUAUCAGCAAGUUGCAGUCCCUUCGUCAGCUCAGGCUCUACAAAACAAACCUGCAUGAAAUCCCAGUCCAGAUCUGUGAGCACCUCCAUCACAUUGGACUGCUUGGCCUUUCUGACAAUAAUCUCAAGCUUCUGCCUAAAGAAAUUGUGAACCUGAGAAAACUCAAAGAAAUUUACCUCCGGAAAAACAGAUUUGAAAGUUUUCCCAAGGAGCUUUGUCAUAUUACUAAUUUAGAAAUAAUAGAUCUGGAACAAAACCUAAUCAGUCUCAUCCCAGAAGAGGUCAGCUUUUUGACAAACUUAGUUAAGCUAUUUUUAGCUUUUAAUAACUUAUCCUCCAUUCCUCCCACACUGCAACACUGCCAGAAGCUGGCUGUGCUGGAUCUGUCUCAUAAUCUCCUGCACAAGCUUCCCGCAGGUCUGAAGAAUCUCACUGAGAUGAGAGAAAUCAGCCUGUCUGCUAACAGCCUGGAGAGGUUCCCACUCCAGAUCUGCCACUGGCCGUCCCUCUCCCGCGUUUCUCUGAGGAACACUGGACUGAGCACUGUGCCCACAUCCUUCAUCAGAUUAACCAGCAUCAGGGAACUAGAUCUCAGUGAAAAUUGCUUUGAUGAGAUUCCUAAAGGAAUAUGCACUAUGAAAAAUCUCGAAGUAUUGGCCCUGGAUGACAAUCAGAUACAGGAGAUACCUGUGGAGGUGAAAGAACUGACAAAUCUGAAAUGCCUUAGCCUGUCUGAAAACCAGCUGAGUACCUUUCCAGAGGAAAUCUUUCUCCUGGAGUCAUUAGAGAGAUUAUACCUGGGACAAAAUAAAGGGAUUAAGUUCACAAGUCUGCCAGAAGACAUCAGCAAAUUGCAGAAUCUGAAAGAACUGCACAUGGAGAAUAAUUUUCUGGAGAACCUGCCCACUGCUAUCAGCUCUUUGACCCAUUUGAAAAUACUUGACUGUCGCAACAACCUCCUUCAACAGCUCCCAGACUCUAUAUGCCAAAUACAAGGUUUGAAAAAACUGCUCCUUCAGGACAACCAGCUGUCCCAGCUGCCCAGGGAUUUGGACAGUCUUCAGCAGCUGGAGCAGGUCCUUGUGGAUGGGAACCCUAUGACAGACCCUCCGAGUGAUGUGUGCUGCCAGGGGACGUCAGCCAUCUGGGAAUACUUAAAGGAAAAAAGGCGUAAAAAGGCCGUUACCUUCAAGGCCCAAAGUUUGUGGCAUGGGCUGAAGGGGAUUGUACUUUUCCUGACACUUAGUAAGGUAGUGAGAACAAGAAAGAAGGGAAAGAAAGGAAAGGGAGAACAGAAGCCUGUAAAAGAAUCAAAAGCCAAAAAAUGA